AUGUCGACGCCGCUGGACAUGGACGCCUACCGACAGUCUGUCGAAUCGCUCAAGGCGCAAGAGGCGGCGCUGCGCUACGAUCAUGAUGCGCUCUUGCACAUGACCGAGGACGAAGCGCGGGCCAACGCCAUCUUUACUCGCCUGCGCGACGCCGAGGUGCAGGCACGUUGGGAGAAGGAGGGCGAUCUGGACAACUUUGCAGGCAUGGACUUCUACGGCGCACGACAGAACGGACUUGGCCAACAUGAGCCCACGCUGGUUUGGGAUGCCAUCCACCGCAUGCCCAAGGGCGCGUUACUGCAUUGCCACUUUGACGGCACCGUCGACACGCGCUUCCUGCUCGAGCACGCGCGCAACACGCCCAACAUGGCAAUGAAGGCGGACCGGCCUUUGUCGAGCCCGGAGGCGCUGUGGAAGGCCACCGUCGAGUUUCUCGUACUGCCGUCCACGCAGGAGCGCGCGGCGACGAGCAUCUACUCGAACGAGUACGUGGCUGGCACGUGGGUCAGCUUCCACACUGCCCGCGAAACCUUCCCGUAUCCGCAUCCGUACCUCUCGGAGCAGUACGACCAGGAGUCCAAGCUGCCCAACUAUCUCUUUCCGUCCUCGGGCAGCGCGUCGGCGUCCAAGCCCAAUGGACACGCGGCGGAAAGCGCUACGUUCGACAGCGGGCUGUCGUUCGACGCGUUUGCCCAUGCGCUAAUGACGCUCACGCCGCACUCGGCAGCACCUGCGAUCGUCAACAGCAAGCAGGCGUGGGCCAAGUUCCAAUCGACGUUCGGCGUGAUUGCAGGCCUGAUCGGAUACGAACCCACACUCAAGGCGUAUACCAAGGAGCUUCUGCGUUCGCACGCGCGCGACGGCAUCUCGUACACCGAGACGCGCAUCAACUUCCUCACCGAGUUCAUGGUGCGUGCAGACGGCACGCCCAAUCUCAACCACGAAGAGUGGGUGCGCAUCUUCAUCGAGGCCGUCAACGAGGUCAAGGCCGAAACCACCGACGGCAGCUUUGUCGACGCCAAGAUCAUCUACACGACGGUGCGGUUCGUCGACAACGAAAAGCUGCGGUGGUACCUCGAAGACUGUCUGACGCUCAAGAAGAAGUUUCCCGAGUGGAUCGUUGGCUUUGAUCUGGUUGGACACGAGGAUCCGCUGCUUCCGCUCGAGGUGUACAUCCCGGAAUUGCUUCGUUUCCAGCAGAGGUGCAAGGAGGAAGGUGUCGAGAUUCCAUUCGUCUUUCACGCAGGAGAGACGCUCGAGGACGGUGGAGAUGCCGACUUGAACCUGUACGACGCUGUUGUGCUGGGUACGAAGCGCAUCGGACACGGCGUCAGUUUGGCGCGACACCCGUUGCUGACAGACAUGGUCAAGGAGCGCGACAUCUGCGUCGAAAUCUGCCCCAUCUCCAACCAGAUCCUCGGCUACACGGCGAGCAUGAGCUCGCACCCGAGCUUACUCGCGCUGCUCCAUCGUAACGUUGCCGUGGCUCUGUCGUCGGACGAUCCCAGCAUCUUUGAAAACUUUGGCCUCUCGUACGACUUUUACCAGCUCGCCAUCAGCUCCAAAUCGACAUCGCUCAUCUCGCUCGCAGUGCUUGCCCGUCGAUCGCUCAAGUAUUCGCUGGUGGACGAAAAGACGAAAGCUACAAUGCUCGCCGACUUUGAAAAGAGGUGGAAUGCCUUCCUCGCCUGGUUCCUUCUCGAGCACGGCCACGUCUUGCAGAACUGA